AUGUGUUCUCAGCCGGAAAGAAACAUGAAAAUGGAAGCUUGGAGAGAGUUUUUUUUAAUGACACUGAUUUUAUUUAGUGGAUUUGUACAAGGCCAAUUACAAACGGACACGUCUCAGAUCUCCUGUGAUUUCCAGCAAAAUCUCUGCAGCUGGAAAAACCGUGGAAGCAACAGUGCUUGGGAUACUGUGGAAAGUUCUGUAUUUACCAACACACCACCACCAUCUGGGACACGAGUUGCAGCACUUAUUGCAAGGGAUAAUACAUCAGCCUACCUAAUAAAAGAGAAUAUUGACAAAGAAAGUACCACGGGUAAGGUACGGUUGUGGGUUUGGCUGUCCAAAGCAGAGUUUGAAGUAGCAAUACGAGAUGUUAACAAAAUACCAGUUUGGACGAUUGAUUCUGCUAAUGUGAAAAAGUUUGAGAAAACAUGGCAUAAAAUCGAGUUUUAUUUAGCCGACGAAGUAAAAAAACUAGAAUCGAAAACAAAUAAUUUCGAGAUAUGGCUUCACGGCACUGUUUCAAGAGAUCCCGAAUCAGUGGUUGCAGUAUCAAAGAUAGAAUAUUUGACGACCUCUACAACAAUAGUAAACACAAAUAACACGGAUGAAUUGACGAGCUCAACCACAGUUAACAAAUCUACAUUCGGUGAUAUCCUAUCUGAAACAACUUCCCAGGAAACUUCAUAUAGUGAUUUGUAUGCUAAAACCACAUCAAAGAACCCCACGGACAUGAACUUACACACUACAAACAAAAAGCACAAAACCACAAAAAAUAUUAAGUACACUACAAGUACGUCAGAAAUACCUACUGACUAUAAAAAAUAUGAACAGACCACGAACGUCAAACCUACUGACGACAGUAGCAGUGGAAAGACUACGUCCGCAAAUACUAGAGAAGACAAUAAAUAUGAUAAAAUUAUAACAACCAAACUUACAGCUGAUAACAAUGAUGAAGAAGUCACGACAUAUAAACAAACUGAAGACAGUGGUAAUGGAAAGACGUCUCCAACCAGAUCUACAGUCGAUAGUGAUUGUAGAAAAACUACGCCACACAGGCAUACAGAUGCUAAUAAUAGUGAAAAAACUACACCAAACAAUCCUACUGAUGAUAAUAGAGAUGUAAAAACUAUUCAAAGCAAACCUACUGAUGAUAAUGGGAAUAUUAAUACCACGCCAGGAAAAUCUACGGACAACAGUGAAUAUGGUAAAAUCACACUAGGUAAAACUAUAGACAAUAAUAGAGGCUGGCAAACUACACCAAACAAAUAUACAGAUGACAAAAACAACAGAAACACUACACCAAACAAUAGUACUGACGAUAAUCGAGAUGGAAAAAUUUCUUCAAGGAAAACUACCGAAGAUGUUAAAUACGGAAAAACAACCCCAUACGAACCUACUGAUGAUAAUGUAAAUGACAGAACAACGAUAAACAAAACCACUGAGGAGAAUAGAAAUGAAAACUCUACGACAAAUACACCAAUUGAUGAGUUUAAAUAUGGUACAACCACGCCAGGCAAACCUACUGACGAUAAUCAAGAUCUAAACAUUUCUUCAAACAAACCCACUGAUGAUACAAAAUAUGGAGAAACUACACCAUACAAACCUACUGAUGAUAUUGGAAAAUCUACGUCAAAUACUCCUACCGAUGAUAACCGAUAUGGUAAAACACCGCCAGACAAACCUACUGAUGAUAACCGAUAUGGUAAAACACCGCCAGACAAACCUACUGAUGAUAGUGAAUAUGGUAAAACGACACGACACAAUUAUACAGAUGAUAAUGGAAAUGAAAAAACUACACGAAACAAACCUACUGAUGAUAAUGAAAGCCCCAUGCCAGACAAACCUACUGACCACAGUGGAUAUGAAGAAAUCACGCUAGGUAAAACUACUGACGAUAGUGAACAUGGUAAAACGACAUCACACAGUUACACAGAUGAUAUUGGAAAUGGAAAAACUACACAAAACAAACCUACUGAUUAUAAUGAAAGCCCCAUGCCAGACAAAUCUACUGACGAUAGAGGAUAUGAUGAAACCACGCUAGGUAAAACUACGGGUGAUAAUGGUGGUUGGAAAACAGCAUCAGACAAUAAUACAGAUGAUAACAGAAUCAUAUCCACUUUGUCAGAUAAACCUACUGACGAUGAUGAAGACGGAAAAGUUUCUUCAAACAAAUCUACUGCCGAUAUAACAUAUGGACAAACCACGCCCUACAAACCUACUAACGAUAAUGGAAAUGUCAAAAGCACAUCAAUGAAAUCUACUGACGAUAAUCUAGAUGAGAAAUCAUCUUCAAACAAGUUUACUGAAGGUGCUAAAUAUGAAAAAACUACCCCAGACAAACAUACUAGUGAUAAUGGGAAAUCUACGACAAAUACUCCUACCGAUGAUGAUAGAUACGAUAAAACUAACCCAGACAAACCUACCGAUGAUGAUAGUGAAUAUAGUAAAACGACACCACACAGUCAUACAAAUGAUAAUGGAAAAACUACACGAAAGAAAUCUACUGAUUAUAACGAAAGCCCCAUGCCAGACAAAUCUACUGACGAUAGUGGAUAUGAUGAAACCACGCUAGGCAAAACUACUGAUGAUAAUGAAAACGGAAAAUCUACUUCCUCAAAUGAACUUGUUACAAGCUCUCAGGGUGAACCCAGAAGUUAUAUCAAUUGGUGGCAGAUUAUCUUAAUCAGCCUGUGUAUGUUUUUGUUGCUAGCUUUGUGCGUAUGCUGUAUUCUUGCCACUCCAUCACGUCGAAAGAAGAGAGAAGAUUAUCCUCGCAUUAGGUCUUUCGAUAGAGAUGAAACUCCUUUGAUAACUUUUCUUUCUUAUAGAAUAUAA